AUGCAUGCUGGAUUGGUGUCAAAGACACGUCUGAUAGUCAUCAAUACUCCAGAUCUACUUGAUCUUGCUCUCUCCUCUGAGGAAGAAGAUGUGAGGAAAUGUUUCCGACUGGCUUACCCUGGACCUCAUGUCCUGCUGCUGGUCCUUAAGCCUGGCACAUUUACAGAGCAGGAUAGUGAAGCUCUAAAACUCAUAAACAUCAUUUUUGGCGUAGGUUCCUUGGAGUAUAUGAUUGCGGUCUUUAUGUGUGAGAAUCAAAUGGAGUACUUGAGCACUGACAGCUAUGAUGUUGGCAGCAAUGUGGUGGAGUCUCUUUUACAGACCUGCAGACAGCCAAUCCACCAUCUACAGAAGAAAGGGGGUCAGCUCCAGGUGCAGAAACUUCUGGAUAGCAUUGAGAAGAUGUUGGAGGAAAAUGGAGGCCAUUUUUUUAAGAUUCCUGAAGAAUUACAGUCUGUUAAGGAAACAGACACAGUUUGCCAAACAUCCAAGGCCAUCACUGGUACUGAGAAGAGCUCCAAUGAUGUAAGGAUUGUAUUAGUUGGAAAAACCGGAGUAGGGAAGAGUGCAACAGGAAACACCAUCCUGGGGCGUGAUGCGUUUAAGUCAGAGUGCUGCAUGACAUCUGUAACUAAGAAGUGCCAAAGAGCGAGUGGAGAUGUCUGUGGGCGAUCAGUGACCGUGGUGGACACACCAGGACUCUUCGACACAACCUUCAGCAAUGACGAGAUCCAGCAGGAGAUCAUGAGAUGCAUCGAACUUUCAGUUCCUGGACCACAUGUGUUUCUGCUUGUGAUCGCUGUCGGCCCAUUCACGCAAGAAGAAAGAGAAACCGUUCAGUUGAUCAAGUUGACCUUCGGACAAAAAGCAGAGACCUACACUAUGGUGGUGUUUACACGGGGAGAUUGCCUUGCAAAAAGUAUUGAAGACAACAUUAAGGAUACACAACUCCAGCAACUGAUCCAUGACUGCGGAGGAAGAUAUCAUGUGUUCAAUAAUAAAGAAAAAGAUCCUGCUCAGGUUGUGAAUCUCUUAGAAAAGAUUGAUGAGAUGAUUGUGAAAAAUACUGACACUUUCUACAAUGACAAAAUGUUCCACGAGGCAGAGAGAGCCGUCAGACUCAUUCAACAGUACAAGAGAAGAGAAGAGGAGGUCAGACUACAGAUGGAGGCCAUUAGAACUAAAUAUGAGUCUGAAAUUCAAGAAUAUAAAGAUAAACUAGAGGAGGAAAAGGCCAAAGGAAAAAUGAGUGAAAAAGACAAAACAGAGGAAAAAAGACAGAGUCUGGGGCCACUGUAA